AUGUCUUCAACUCGCGGACCAAUAAGAUUAAACGUAUUCGAUUUCGAUGGAACGCUUUUCAAGUCGCCUCAACCAAAUCCACAAUUAUGGAAUAAGGAAUUCAUAAAAUUACUUACUCAUGAAAAUGGUUUACUCAAAAAUUGGUAUCAAGAUAAAAGAUCUUUAGAUCUUGGUGAGGAGGCCGCACUUUAUGGCUGGAAAAAUUGGUGGAAUUCUGAAGGAGUUGGUCAUGCGCGUGAAUCGAUGAAAGAACAAGGCUCUUUAAAUAUAUUAUUAAGUGGACGUAAACAUUCCGAAUUUCACCAAGUAAUCACUCAUAUGAUAGAAAAAAAAGGGUUAAUUUUUGACGUAAUAGGUUUUGUACCAGAUAGAGAUAUACUUGAUUGGCAAUUUUAUUAUAAACCGGCGAUUGUCAGUAAGAUAGGGUCACAGAGGUAUAAUAUGCUAAAAGAAUAUAAAACAAAAAUGUACAUCGCUCAAAAUAUAAAUCAAUUCAAGGAACAGUUCAUAGGAACUCUGCUGUUGCAACAUCCUUCCAUUAAGUCAGUAAAUGUAUGGGAAGAUUCCUUAAGUUCUUCGCCAAUGUUUACCGCGUUCCUAGAAAAUAAAUUAAAGGGUACAGGACGAGUGGCUCAAACUCAUUUUAUAGAAUUGCGUUUUGACGUAUGUUUCCUUGAACCAUUUAAAGAAUGGGAAUUUGUCUUAGCAUUGUUGAGAGAUCAUAACGCAUAUAUCAAUAACGCGCCAGGACCAGCACCAAUUUUGCGAGUAUCACGCGUAGCACUUGCUCGAAAAAUUCAAUAUGUAGGAGUUUUCUUCGGUGAAGAUGCAAUUAAUACAUUGCGUCGUAACUAUCCACCACCUAGUCGUAAUAAAAAUAAAAACACAGAACAUGAUUGGAGUUUUGAUGGAUCAUAUAUUUUUAUUAUAGUAAAACCAACACCAAUACUACUUCAAGAUCGAGGAGCCAUUGUUAUAGUGAAAGUAAUCGCACGCAGUAUUUACGAAGAUCGAUAUUAUUUCUUAAAAGUUGAGAAAGUUACAAUUGCAGGACAAUGCUAUGAUGAUUUGUUUAUUAUGCUUGCGUCUGAUAAAAACCUCGGAGGGGGGUUUCCGGAUCCACGAUAUGUAAAUCUGGAUUGGGAACGAGUUCCAACCGAAAGACAGAUUUCAGUUCGAGGAAUUCUUGCAACAAAAUGUAUAAUGGGUCAUACGUUGGUAAAUAGUAGUGACAAUAGUAAAAAUUAA